CAUGCGCUCAUGGUUGUUUUUCACACAGCCUGUCCCUUAAAGUGAGCUGAGCUACGGGAGUUUCCUUGUCUUUAACUGGAGACCAACAGGCAGAGAGGCGGAUGAUAACAGCAUCCACUGCUGUUAUUCAGCCUUCUCACAUCUCAAUGAACUGCUCACAAAGAAGCCACUGAUCGUGCCUGCUGCUUUUUUGCAGGGCAGAGAUACUGAUCAGUGCCUAAAAUCUGCAUCCCCUUUUCAUAGGCUAUGCGAUUAUUUUUUCAUAGACUGUUUUUGUAAUUUCAAGAUCUCAGUAGCCUAUCUUUCCACCAUGGUGCUAGGAAAGGUAAAGAGCUUCACAGUAAGCUACGACUGUCUCAAUGACAGCAAUGUUCCCGUUUUCUCCAGCGGGGACUGCGUCUCAGGGAGGGUGAUCAUUGAAGUCACAGGAGAAAUCCGUGUGAAAUCUCUCAAAAUCCACGCGAAAGGAUUUGCAAAAGUUCGUUGGACUGAAUCGAGAAAUGCUGGAUCCAACACUGCCUACACGCAAAACUACACGGAAGAAGUGGAGUACCUACAUCAUAAAUGCAUUUUAAUUGGACACGAGAGAGAGGAUGACAACUCUGAGGAAGGACUUACCACUAUCCAUUCAGGAAGACACGAGUAUGCAUUCAGCUUCGAGCUUCCACAGACACCUCUGGCUACCUCUUUCGAAGGGAAGCAUGGCAGCGUGCGCUACUGGGUAAAGGCAGAACUCCACAGGCCAUGGCUCCUGCCUAUGAAGACCAAGAAGGAAUUUACAGUCUUUGAGCACAUUGACAUCAACACUCCAUUACUGCUGGCACCACAGGCCGGCACGAAAGACAAGACGCUUUGUUGUUGGUUGUGCACCUCAGGCCCUAUUUCCCUAAGUGCCAAAAUUGAAAGGAAGGGAUACACCCCAGGAGAGUCGAUCCAGAUCUUUGCUGAGAUCGAGAACUGCUCAUCCCGCAUGGUGGUGCCAAAGGCAGCCAUCUACCAGACCCAGACCUUCUAUGCCAAAGGGAAGAUGAAGGAGGUCAAGCAGCUGGUAGCUAACCUACGUGGAGAGUCUUUGUCCUCAGGCAAAACGGAGACCUGGAAUGGCAAGAUGCUGAAGAUCCCACCUGUCUCACCCUCCAUUCUGGACUGUAGCAUCAUCAGAGUGGAGUACUCACUCAUGGUAUACGUGGACAUACCUGGUGCAAUUAACCUGUCCCUAAACCUGCCCCUGGUCAUCGGAACCAUCCCUCUCCAUCCCUUCGGCUCCCGUACCUCCAGUGUCAGCAGCCAGUGCAGCAUGAGCUGGCUGGGAAUAGGUCUGCCUGAGGCUCCUCCAAGCUAUGCAGAAAUUGUGACAGAAGAGCAGAGGCAGAGCUGCGUGGAUGUCCCUGCAGCUCGUGAGGAGCUGGACGGGCCUCUCUUUGCCUAUAUUCAUGAGUUCCGCUUCCAGCCCCCUCCUCUUUACUCUGAGAUCGAUCCUAACCCAGAUCAUCAAAGGCGUACAGAGGAGCGCAGGCUCGACGCCUGUCCAUCACGCUGAGCAUAUCCCUAAACUUCACCCAACCGACUUGGGGAACUCAGUGGAACCUGCUUGCAAAGCUCAGCUUUGUUAUUUUUCUCCAACAACAAUGCUGACACAGUGCUGUUGGCAUCAAGAGAAAGUAUCUAACAAAGACUUGGACAAAUAUGAAGAGUUGGUUUGGGCAAAUCUGUUCCAGCCUUCCCUCAUUGAGAGAAACCGGAGUCACUAAUUUGGGGUGUCGCUUCUUCCUGUGUCAGCCUACUGAGGGUGGGAUAUGUACAGAUGAACACAUAUUCAGUCUGUAUGGGAAAAGAAACACCCUGCUAUUAGCGAGAGCCCUGGUGAUAGUACUGACGAUGACAAGGUUCAUCUUACCAAGCUCCUCUCUCACCCUUGAUUCUUCUGUAUUCAUGGCACAUAAGGACAUGGCUCCUCAAACAAAGGGCAGAACUACCUAUGUCCAGACUUCAGCAGAAUCACCUAAAUAACACGGAAUGAAAGAGGAAAAAUAACAACGUUUUAACCACCACAGUCUGUAUGAAUGAAUGCUUUCAGCAGCAGAAGUCAACAGCAGAGCAAAGACUAGGUCCUCCUGCCUCAUUUGGGAUUUUGUUUUGCACAUUUUAUUCUUUACUUGAGGUGUAUGGCUCAGUUAAACCACAAGAACUGAAAAUAAAAUCACUAAUAGUUUGGCUUCAGCCUUGUAAUACACCAGACUGCAGGCUUAACCUUAUAAGACUCAUUUAUAUAACUGAGCAACACUGAGAACAGGAUUAGAUUUUUUUUUUUUUUUCCUGAGAAGGACGAGCAAUGCACUGAAUUUGUUUAAGAUUUUUUUUUUUCUCCCCCCUUAUGACAUUUCCUCAGUUUCUCGUAACAACUAGAAUGGACUCUUACAACAACUGCAGUGCACCGUCUCCAUCUGGAAGGUCUUUAAGAUGUUGCCUCCUCAGCUGGGAACCUGGUGUGGCUUCCCUCCUUUGGUUUAGUUCUGUUAUUCUGUUCUUGCAUUUAGCUUCAAUCAUAGAGUAGCUUCUAGCCUGUUUUGUGUUGAGGUUGCUCUGGAUUUGGACUAGGAGGUUUGCAGACCUGUGUGUGUGUGUGUGUGUGUGUGUAUGUGUGAGUGAGUGAGUGAGUGAGACAGGUGGUGGUACAUUGUUAAGGGUGUUGUCUCAAUAUAAUUUCCUGCAACCCCCCUAUUCCCAAUCUCAGGGCAAGCUAGGCUUGAAUAACUGCCCACAAAGCACUGUCUCAGGUGGUCUUCUCACUUGCCAAAUGGUUGUCAAAAAAGAGAAAAAAUUUUAUAGGUUUUAUUUUAAAUUGCACUGUUAGAAAUAAUGAAGAGCUCUUU